GUAAACCACAUGGGACAGCAUCCUCAUCCUUCGCGUCCAAUCAAAACAUCCAUUAUAUUUAUUAUCAUAAUAAAAUAGGACAUUUUGAUUGGACACGAAGGAUGACGCGCGCGUGACGCGCUUGAUGGAAACGCACCCUAAGACCUUGGAAUAUGCGCGCGCACGCGCGUUGCUUCGUUGACUUCGUGGCGGGAAUCACAAGUGGCGCACUAUAGCAAAGUACGGUACGUGCCGGAAGCAAACGACUCCAAUAUGGCGAAUGUGAGGGACAGUGAUACAUCGUUGUGGCUACAUAAUAAGCUUGGUACGUCAAACGAUAGCUGGACUGGCAGCUCAAUUUGCUCACAACUUAAUGCUGAGGUAUUGCGGAAUAUUAAGGAUUGUUUUCCCGACCUGCAAACGCAGGUCAAGCUCAAACUACUCUUGUCCUUCUUUCACAUACCCAGACGCAAUGUUGAAGAGUGGCGUGUGGAACUGGAAGAGAUCAUUGAAGUUGCAUCUCUGGAUAGUGAGCUGUGGGUAUCGAUGUUAUCCGAAGCGAUGAAAACCUUUCCAUCAACUGGUUCUCUAAAUACAGACAUCACUGAUCUGGAUGAACAUAGACCAAUUUUUGGCGAUUUAGUCAAUGAUUUGCGGAAACUUCUAAAGAAGCAGAAUGAUCCUGCUAUGCUUCCUUUGGAGUGUCAUUAUCUUAACAAGACUGCAUUGACUUCAGUGGUAGGCCAGCAACCCUCGCCAGUCAAACAUUUUACUCUCAAGAGAAAACCAAAAAGUGCAACCUUGAGAGCAGAAUUGCUUCAGAAGAGCACUGAUGCUGCUAAUAAUCUCAAAAAGAGUACAGCUCCCACUGUGCCAGUGAGAAGUAGAGGAAUGCCAAGAAAAAUGACCGAUACAACACCUUUAAAAGGAAUUCCAAGCAGAGUUCCAACGAGUGGCUUUCGAUCUCCAUCACUUACGAAUACUUCUAUGUCUAAUAGAACAUCAAUUACAAAUAGAAUGCGAAAGGAUGGCGGUAUUAAAUUACUGGAUAUUAAUGAGCAGCCUCUUGGAUAUGCGCAAGCAAAGAAGAGAAAAAAGAUGUUGGAGAUGGAGGAACAGCAGAAGAAAGUCGCAGAAGCACAAGCGGCUGCUGCGGCAGCAGCAGCCUCAGUGGUUGCGCCGGUUGCGCCAGAAACGCCGACUACUCCGGAGUACGCGCAAGGAUUGGCCUCGAUAAAUCCACCUGCUACACCAGUCGCGCCAGCUGCAGUGGUUACAGCCCAACCCUAUUCUGCACCGAGCACGCCAAGCAGCGUUUCGGUUGUUACAACUACACAGCAAACACUACCUACUACGUUAACUACUACCACUACUACAACACCUACCACUACUGUACUAGUAGCUGCACCAACAGUAAUAACACCUGUCGAAAAUACGCCAGUUGCUGUGCAAACAGUGAGACCGGCUCAGACAGUCACGCAGAUUCGUAUACAGACUACCACACAGCCUAAUGCGGCAGCUAACCCAAGAAAGGGCUUAUCUCUUACGCGAGAACAGAUGCUGGAAGCGCAAGAAAUGUUUAGAACUGCGAAUAAAGUAACGCGUCCAGAAAAGGCCCUUAUUUUAGGUUUUAUGGCUGGUUCUAGAGACAAUCCUUGUCCAAAAUUGGGCAAUAUAGUCACAGUGAUGCUUUCGGAAAAUAUAGAAGAAGUAACACAAUCGGAUGGAACAACUGUUCCGAUGUUAGUCGAAACUCAUUUUCAAAUGAACUACACAAAUGGCGAGUGGAAGAGGAUAAAGAAAAAUCGGCGUAUUGUGACAGAGGAAUCUACAUCAACGUCCACUCUUGCGCCAAACGCGACUGCGACGGCUUCCAAUUGAAAAGACUUGUUCAAAUUACUAUAUUAUAGGAUCUAUAUGUAUAUGAAGUAUAGCUUUGUGGUUAUUGGAGAACAUUGUUACGUCUUCUAAUGGAUUGAUAAAGACGUUAUUAAAUUAACAGUAAUUCACGUUUUCAUAAAAUUUAACAAGAAUAUCGUUGAAUAACGACUUUCAAUUGUGGAAUUGUCAUUCCUAUAUAAUUAAUUUUUCCGUUUUCUUGAAUCAAUUAUACCAUGCAACAAUUUUCGUCUGACAAAGGAAAGCCAAUUUUUCCACUUCUUAGGACAUAAUCUGGAAAGUUAUAAAAAGUUGUAAAUUUUGCUUUAGAAUUCAUUGCAGUAAGAUAUAGUUCUUUAAAUUUUUGAAAUUCUGUAUGAAAAAAAUAGAGGGGUCGGCCAGCAGUCGAGUCCACGUUCUAGAAUCCUGGGUCACGCCGAGAACUGCUACAUUGGAAUUUAUAGGCCUGUUCUUUGUCACUGCACUGCUGCACUGGUGCAAUAAGCUAGAAUAAGACAGAAAUAUUUUUUCCCAUUCUAACUUAUUGCACCAGUACAGCAGUGCAGCGACAAAGAACAAGCUUUAUGCUUCUAAACGUACUUUGCUGAAAUUUAAGAGUUUUGAGUAUCGUGGCGUAGUAUACAAAUUUUUAUGAUUUUAGAGAUUUUAGAGAAAUGUUGCACGGUAUUAUAUAAAUUUUGAUAAUUUUUAUAUAUUGAGAUUUUCCUUAAAAAAUUCAUCCAAAUUACUUUUCGAGUGUCUUUGUUUAAUAAUAGUUUCUCCUUUAACACGCGUUCAUAUAAGUAUGUAUAUGAUUUAUACAUAUAGCUUAUAUAUUAUUUCAAGUUUAUAUAUAAUUUGAUAGAAAUAAUAUGUGAAUAGUCAA